UUUUCUAUAUAUAUCUUGUCUGGCGAUCUGGCCUAUCAUCUCAAAGCACUUGUUGGUUGCAGCUUUAUUAAUUUCCUUCAUUCCCAACAAUUAUGGACUAUCCUCUUCUACUACCCAUCUUUGCUAUACUUAAUUUAGUUGUGGUAGCAACCCAUGGUGGUGCCUUAUCUCCUGAACUUUACUGGAAGUCAGUGCUUCCCACAACACCCAUGCCAAAAGCCAUCACUAAUAUCUUGUACUCUGCUGGCCAAGCCCGUAAGUGGAAGCCCGGGCAUGUUGUUGUUAGAGAAGGAGGCCACAAAAACUAUGGUAUUGCUGCUUCUGAGACCCAGUUGCAUGAUGACCCCAACGUUGCAUUCUUCUUCUUACAAAAGGAUUUGCAUCCCGGAACCAAAUUCAACCUCCACUUUACCAAGACCACCGGCGCCGCCGCCGCCGCCUUCUUGCCCCGCGAAGUGGCAGACUCGCUACCCUUUUCAUCCAACAAAGUGGAAGAUGUUUUCAGCAAGUUCUCCGUGGAUCCUCAAUCUGAUGAAGCUAAUGCCAUCAAGAACACCAUCAAGGAAUGUGAGGAGCCAGCAGGGAUUAAAGGUGAACAGAAGUACUGUGCAACUUCAUUGGAGUCUAUGGUGGAUUUUAGCACUUCGAAGUUCGGGACAAGGGUUGAGGUUGUGUCCACAGAGGUAGGCAAGGAAACAAAGCUGCAGAGCUACAAUGUUGCACCUGGUAUGAAGAAGAUAAGCCAUGAGAACAAAGCCAUUGUGUGCCAUAAACAGAGUUACCCUUAUGCCGUAUUUUAUUGCCACAAGAUAGAAACUACUAUGACUUUCAAGGUGCCUCUGGAGGGUGCUGAUGGAAGUAGAGUUAAAGCCGCCACCAUCUGCCACACCGAUACAUCGCAAUGGAACCCCAAACAUUUGGUUUUUCAAGUGCUGAAAGUUAAGCCUGGGACACCUGUGUGUCACUUCCUUCCUGAGGAUAACGUUGUCUGGGUUCCUAAGUAGAUGUUUUCUUUAUGCAAAUGUAUGCCAUUUGUGUAAGCUUAUGAAUAACAAAUGGUAUCAUGUUAUCAGUGUAAUAUUUGCUAUUGAACUUGAUUUGAAUGUUGUUUAACUAUCUACUACGUGCAGUGACUAUUCUGUGUACUAUGAAGAUAUUUUUAUGUGAAAAAUAAUUAUUAA